ACUGUCCCCUCAUGGCAGGGCUGUGUGACCUUUGAGGACGUGACCAUUUACUUCUCCCAGGAGGAGUGGGGACUCCUUGAUGAGGCUCAGAGACUCCUGUACUGCGAUGUGAUGCUGGAGAACUUUGCACUGAUAGCCUCGCUGGGACUUACGUCUUUCAGGUCCCACGUAGUGGCCCAGCUGGAGAUGGGGGCAGAGCCCUGGGUUCCCGACCAAGUGGACAUGACUUCAGCCAUGGCAAGAGGGGCGUAUAAAGGGCCUGGCUCGGACUUUUGCCAUGGAAGAGACAGUGAGGAGUCACCUUCUGAACUUUGUGUUUCUGUAGAAGUGUCACAGGACAUGAAUCCCAAGGCAGCACCAUCCAUCCAGAAGCACUACCCCUAUGACACGUGUGGCCUACACUUGAAAGACAUUUUGCAUCUGGCUGAACACCAGGCAACACAUCCCAAGCAGAAACCACAUGUAUGUGAGGCAUACAGGAAGGAGUUCAAGUUCAUUGCCAACCUUCACCAGCAACAGAUGCAGCAGAAUGGAGACAAGCCUAUUGGAAGGAAGGCAGGCAGGGCCGCGCUUGUGAAGGGCUGCAGCGAUGACACAUCAAGGAAACCUUUCCCACUGAGGGAGGGCGGGAAGGACUUUGUGGCCAGAUGUGGUUUUCUCCAGCGUCAGGCCCCUCCCAGUGUCUGGGAGCCACACCACAGCUCCGAAGGCGUGGUGGAUUUUCCCACUGUGCAAUGCCAUAAGAAGUGCAGUGAAUUUGAGAAUGCGCUCAGUGACAAACCCUCACUCGUUCAGCAGAGAACCCCCACUGGAGAAAGGCUUUAUGAAUGCAGCAAAUGUGGGAUAUUCUUCAGCUAUGCCGCCGGCCUCUUUCAACACCAGAGAGAUCACAAUAGAGGAAAGCCUUAUGAGUGUUGCCAGUGUGGGAAAUUCUUUAGCCAGCACUCCAGUCUCAUCAAGCAUCAGAGAGUUCACACCGGUGAAAGUCCUCACGUGUGCAGCGAAUGUGGGAAAUUCUUUAGCCGAAGCUCCAAUCUCAUUCAACACAAGAGGGUUCACACUGGAGAGAAACCUUAUGAGUGCAGUGAGUGUGGGAAAUUCUUUAGCCAACGCUCCAACCUCAUUCAUCAUAAGAGGGUUCAUACUGGUAAAAGUGCCCAUGAGUGCAGUGAAUGUGGGAAAUCCUUCAACUGCAACUCCAGCCUAAUUAAACACUGGAGAGUUCACACUGGAGAAAAACCUUAUAAGUGCAACGAGUGUGGGAAAUUCUUUAGCCACUUUGAUGGUCUUGUUCAACAUCAGAUAGUUCACUCUGGUGAACGGCCCUAUGGGUGCAGCGUAUGUGGGAAAGCCUUCAGCCGGAGCUCUGACCUCUUGAAACAUCAGCGAGUCCACACUGGUGAACGGCCCUAUGAGUGCAAUGAAUGUGGGAAAUUGUUUAGCCAAAGCUCGAGCCUCAAUAGCCAUCGGAGACUUCACACUGGUGAACGGCCUUAUCAGUGCCCUGAAUGCGGGAAAUUCUUUAGCCAACGCUCCAGCUUCAAUAACCAUCGGAGACUUCACACGGGUGAGCGGCCCUAUGAGUGCCUUGAAUGUGGGAAAACCUUCAGGCAAAGUUCAAACCUGAGGCAGCACCAGAAAGUUCACAAACCAGAUAAGCCAUAUAAGUGCAGUGAAUGUGGAAAAGCCUUCAGCCAAAGGUCUACCCUCAUCCGGCAUCAGAAAAUUCAUGCUAGAGAAAGGAGUUCAGAAAAUGUGCUCUCUCCUUCUGCAACACAGCGGCACACACUAGUGAUUAGCUCUGAGAAUGGUCUUUGAGGAGUUGUCAGCCAGAAGUUGAACCUUGUUCAUCCAAAUAUCUACGCUGAAGAGAUUCCCAGUGGAUUCUAGAUGUGUUGUAAGCUUUCUGGAUCAGGGUUUUAUUUUCUGACCACAGACUUUGCCAGAGUUUUGUCACUGCUAGUGUGGUGGCAGAAGCCAUCUACCCACCGGCAGGUCUCCAGAGUGUAUGUCGGCCACUCCCCAUGCUCAGGCCUCUGUGUCCACUUCCCAAGAGGGAAUGGUGAGUGGCCUGAGGCCACAGGAAGAUGUCAUCCCUCCCCUGUGGACAUGACCCAUCUUUGACCAUGAAGACUUGAACUGGGUCCUACUGGCAGCUUGCAGAAGUUUCCCUUUUUCGAGGACAUUGUUGAUCAUGUAUGAUGCUCAUGAUGGAUUCGUCCAGUUUCCACAUUACCCAUCUCAGCAACUGUUUACUUAACAUUACUCUGGUUUGAGUGAUAAUAAGAGCCUUAUUGAUAAAGCCACCUUUAAUCUCCUGUGGUCUGAUAACUGUGUUGAGUGGGUUGAAAACAGAAUUAAGGUCUACCAAGCUAAAGGGGUCUCCUAGUUUAUUGCCUCAGGGAGGAGCAGGAUGACAGAGAACAGCUCUCAGUCCAGAUCUGGGCCUCACUUGUGUUGCUACCCAAGGCCUCCUAGGGAAGUUUGCAGGGCUUGUGGACCUAAUGUUGUUGUCUGAAUGGCAUGAAAUUUUGUGGACUAGAGAUUACCCUGAGGAAGGGGAGGUUGUGCAACCUUCAAUGCAUCCGGAAGCAGCGUGAUUUGGGCCCUUUGUUUCCUGGAGAUGCCUCAUAUUCCCUAGCACUGUUAAACAGACGCUGUUUACCUGGCUCCUCCCAAGGAAUCAUAUGCCUUGAUGUCUAAUGUCCAGUCUGUGUCACCAACUGUAAGACUUAACUGGGCCCAGCUGGCAAACUGGAGGGGAUGUACCUGACAUAAAAGUGCAUCUCAAAAGGUUCCCUUAAGUGUGACUGUGCAGGGUUCAGGAUUUGCAGAAAUUCUCAGGACCUUCAGACCUCUGUCCUAUGACUAAGGUCAUUGGGAGAGCAAAUAAUCUAAAGGUUUAGUGGGUUACCACAGGCUCUCUGCAUGAUUCAUGUCAAAACCAUUGCUGUGUUGGCAGGAAAAUGGGGACUAUGAAGAGGUCGCUUCUCUGUGCCAGGGAUGAGGCAUUUGUGGCACACCCAGCCAUCUUUGCUGCCAGUGCAUGAGGAGAGAGGUAACAGAGUCAAUGUGGGGUUGCCAAAUCUUCUAGUUUUCUAAAAGGAGUGGGAGAUCAGAUUUUUAUGUGUGACAAUUUCUUUUAAUGCUUUGUUGAGAUAUAAUUUUCAUGCAAUAAUUGGUUGUACAUUUUGAUGUGUAUAGUUUGAUAAGUUUUUAAAUAUGUAUACACUCAGGGAGUCGACACCAUAAUUAUGAUAAUGAACUUAUCCAUCACCCAGAAAGCUACCUCGUGCCCCUUUACUAUUCGUUCUUGUCUUCCUCAGGAAACCAUUAGCGACAUCCCAAGGAAACCACUGAUCUGUAUUUUUUUCAUUAUAUUUUCACUAUAUUUGUAUUUUUUUCACUAAGCUUUGUCUUUCUCAGAAUUUUAUAUAAUUGGAAUCAUAAAGUAUUUAUAUCUAUUUUUGGUCUGUUUUCCUUCAUAUAGUAUAAUUGUCUUGAGAAUCAUCCAUUCUAUAUGUAUAAAUAGCUCAUUCCUUUCACUGAGUAGUGCUCUAUUGAAUGAAUACCACAAUUUUUAUGCCUUUUUUUUAAUUUAAAAAAUCUUGUAAAAUAAACAUAACAUAAAAUUUAGUGUCUUAACCAUCUUUUGGUUACAGUUCAGUGAUAUUAAGUACAGUCAUAUUGUGCAACCAUCACCAUCAUUCAUCUCCAGAGGUCUUUUCAUCUUUCAAACCUGAAACUAAACCCAUUAAACAAUAACUCUCUAUUUCCCCUGCCCAAACCUCUGGAAACCACCAUUCUACUUUCUAUAAAUGAAUCUGACUACUCUAGGUACUUCA